GGUUUCCAGGGAAACUGGAAAAUGUGAAGCUUUUCAAUAGAGGCAGCCCGAGCUUAAAGAGCGAGGAUUGCCUAAGAUAGAUUCUUCUGGAGACAAACCUGGAGCCACUGCAAACACUUUCAAUCAACAGGGGAGAAGCACAGACAGAUGUGCGGCUCGAUCAGCGCUGAGAUUUUGUGAUUUUACCCAGAUGUGAGGGAGAGUGAUGGAGAGACUUCAGUCUGACUUAGACUGCUGAGGUGCUUCCACCACUUUAAUGCAGAGACAAAUGGGAAGUCUGAAGGAGGAGAUGAGAGGUCUCAGAGAGGACCAGAAGCCGUGCGAGAAGGAGGAUGGAGAGCGUCCACGCGGCUCAGAUGGCGGCACUGAGCCUAAGGGACCUCAGACAAACACGAGUGAAGAGUCAACAACUCAUCAGCCAAAACUUCCCAUGAACGAAAGAAACGUUGAGGAGAGGGACACAAAUGCCAAAUCCAAAGAUCAAGAGCUUUCAGAUGGAGGUGUUGUCAAAGACUCAAUGCAGACGAACGCUAUCCCUCUGACACAACAGCCUGAAGAUGAUAAAACAACAACUGAACAUAGCGACACAACAAUCUCUCAGAAGUUCCAAAGUGCUGGAGGUGGGGGGAUUCAGGAGGAGACAUCUAAGGAUCAAAACGUGGGUCCUGACAGAGAAAAGGUGGCAGAUAUUGAGAAUAUAUCGGUGCCUGUGCCAGUGACUCCGGGCCCUUCAGACCCUCGGUCCCCCGCUCCCCUCGGCCAGCAGCACAUGCGCACACAGGUCAGCCUGGAGGUGGUCCAGUGCCGCUCCGCAGCCACCAGCCCCAUGACCCCCCCUGAGGACGGCCAGUCCUUCUUCUUCCCCAGCUCCUUUGGGAAGCUGGGAGCUGUGGGCGCUGAGCUUCAGGUGGGGCAGCGGGUGGAGUUGUGCUCUGUGGCCACAUCCCCCAUGACCCCAAAGAUGCCCUCCACCACGGCUUUUCCAGAGCUGAUCGGGAGGGAGACGGUGCAGAAAGAUCAGAACGAGAAAAAGGUGCAAAGCGAGAGUGGCCAAGAGUGUUUCCCCACGACACAAAGUCUGGAAGAGGCUGAGUCAGAGAUAACUGGAGCUCUGCAGGAGCAGAGAGAGAGCGCCGGGUUGUCGGUUUCACAAGUAACUAUGGAGGAUAGAAAACAGCAGUGUAAACAGCAGAGGAUGGGAAGUAUGGAUCAAGACAUUACAAUCCUGGUGACCCACUAUGGCAACAAUGAGGGAGAAGAGGAGGAGAAGGCCGAGUCAUCUUGUUAUCCCAUUGAGACAGAGAUGGUCAAAAUAGACGAAUUUGAGGAAGAGCGAGAAAACGACGGUGAUUUAAAGGGUCAACAAAAGCAAAUGGAAGAAACCUGCGUUACUGAAUGCGUAGUUCCAAAUACAGACGUGACAGCUGAACAUUCAGAGGUGGAGGAAAACAAAGGUGCAUGUGGAGAGUUGAGAGGAGAGACAAAGCCUCCUGUCCCUGAAUCUCCUGCUCCCUUCGGCCGCCACAACAUCCGCACCCAGGUCAGCCUGGAGGUGGUGCAGUGCCAGUCUGUGGCCACCAGCCCUAUGACCCCUCCUGAAGGGUACCGGGCCUUCUUCUUCCCUAGCCCUUUGGGGAAGAGUGAAGGUGUAGGCACCGGGACUGAAGAGGCGGAGCUCCGUCAGCCGGUGGAGUAUCACUCCGUGGCCACAGCACCUAUGACCCCCAGAACACCGACCACCAUGAGCUUUCCUGAGAUCAGGAAGGAUGCAAGCGUUGAGAAGAUAGUGGAGGUCAAAGAGGAGGUGGUGGUGGAGGACAAAGUGGAGGUGGUGGUUGAGGACAAAGUGGAGUUGCUGGUGGUGGAGGACAAAGUGGAGGUGGUGGUGGAGGUGGUGGUGGAGGACAAAAAGGAGGUGGUGGUCAACAAGGAGGUGGAGGAUACAAAGGAGGAUAAAGCAAGCGCAGAGAAACAGGUGGAGGCAGCUGAAGAGGACACAAAGGAGGAGGAGAAUGGUGAAGAGCAAAGUGAGGAGCCGGUGCAGGAGGUGAGCUGGGAUGAGAAAGGGAUGACGUGGGAGGUGUACGGGGCCGUGGUGGAGGUGGCUGUGCUGGGAUCAGCCAUCCAGAAACACCUGGAGAAACAGGUGAAGAAGCAGAAGCCCUCCAUGCCUCCCCCUCCUCCGCUCAACCCCUCAGCAGUGCCCCUCUCUCCAGAGUCCAUCCGGGGGGGUUCUGGAUCUGGUUCGGGGUCAGGUUCGGGUUCGGGUAAGGGUCGGGCGGGGAAGAGGGGAGAGCAGGGUGGAGGGGUGAGCCGACGCAGAAGAAACCCCUUCCGCCUGCUGAUGGAGAACAUGCAGCAGCCACACUGCUGCUCCAGAGCUCACACUGCUGAGUGA